GACUGAUACAUUUUCCCUCAUUCAGUCCCAGUUUUGGUUAUGAAUCUGACCAGCCUGCCUUUUCAAGGCCUUCCUGGGUCAGGUGAGGCCAGGUGUGACGGCCUGUUUUCCUCUCAUUUGGAUCUAGCUUUUUCUCAGCUUGUUUGCAUGCGUAGCGCACUGAUCCAAGCUGGUUUUGUUUUGAAAAGCUCGGGUUUCUUUCCUGUCAGCUUGUAAUACGGAGUCAGCUCCAGGUCACGGUUGAAACAGCGAUCAACGGCGACUGCAGCAGCCGCCGUAACUCUUUGGAAAAUAGAGCAUGGCAAUAAACCUGCAGAAAACGGCAGACGUUUUAAAAAUGUCACUAAAGCAAGGCUUCUUCUGCUUUUUGGUUCUGGGAGUUGUGCUUUUUUUCUACUCCACAAUCAUGAGGGACAUGGGACCCAUGCUGAACCCAAAAUGGCUGAUUCAAAAUCAUUUAACAAAACUCAUCUUCACUACAAGAAAACAGAGCUCUGUCUCAAACCAUUUCUCUGAGGCCAUCUCAGUUGCGGUUCCUCACCAUCAGAGUCUUACAACUGAGCCAAUGACUCAGUGGCAGAGGAGCGUUUCUUCACCGGUGCCUGAGAAGACGCUAACAACCCAAGCUAGCAGACGGACAGCGGUUCCCUACGUAUCUCCUGGACCGUACCUGGUGGAGUACCCCUAUGAGUACCACUUCACCAUGAACGAGCCACUGAAAUGUGAGCAGGAGAAGCCGUUCGUGGUUCUCAUCGUCCAGGUGGCGCCACGCAACCGAGCUCACCGUGACGUCAUCCGCAGCACCUGGGGCAGCGAGAAGCUGGUUGAGGGUCAGGAGGUGAGGCUCUUCUUCUUACUGGGGAUGCAGACUGGAGACGAUGCACAGCAGGUCCACCAGCAGCUGCUGCAGGAGAGCAAAGAACAUCACGACCUCAUCCAGAGCGACUUUGUGGACUGCUACAAGAACCUGACCAUAAAGACCAUGGUGAUGCUGGAGUGGCUGAACUCUUUCUGCUCCAGCGCCCCUUUUGCCAUGAAAAUUGAUUCAGACAUGUUCCUGAACGUUCCCAAUCUUGUUGCCUUGCUCCUAAAAGCCCCGAGGACAAACUACAUGACCGGCCUAGUGGCACAUGGAGGACCAGUCUCGAGGGAUCCCAAUUCCAAGUUCUAUGUGCCUGUUGACCUUGUCAGUGAUGCUUAUUACCCUCCCUACGCUUUGGGUCUGGGCUACAUCUUGUCUUUGGACCUCACCAAAAAGCUCAUUGAGGCGUCCAGACAUGUUAAAGCUCUUUAUAUUGAAGACGCAUAUUUGGGCUUGUGUAUGAAGCACCUGGGUAUCCUCCCAACAGAUCCUCCAAACUGGUUCUUGUUCCAUGUAUUUCCUCAGAGUUACAGCCGCUGUGAUUACUCCAGGUUAAUCGCCACCACAACUCAGGAAAAUAUGGAUAUUGUCCAGAUUUGGAGAGACUUUAAGAAACCGGGUCGGUACUGUUGAUCCGAGAAAAAGGUAUAAAUUAUAUUGUUUGAAAAUAAACGCAGAAUUUGCUCAGCA